AUGGCGACGACAACCACGACGACCACGAGGAGUGGCGGGCGGUCAUGUGUCUGGGCUCGGCUGAUCACCCAGCCCACGGAGGCGCCCGUAGAGGAGGAGAGUGCUCUGGAAGCCUUGGAUCGGUACAUACAUCGGCCCCACUUGAUCAAUAGAAGAAUUGGUGGGACUGAAACGCGAUACAGUGCCAACUCGCUGUCUCCCAGCCAGGUCGUUGAGAAGUUGCGUGCCGCCGAUCCCGAAGCCGGCGUUCCCGAAAACUUUGCAGCGCUCCUCGAAUUGCGGCGGUCCUGUGACCUGGUGGUCGUGCACCACGAAUUACGUGCCACCACUGCCACCAAUCCCCUGUCUAGCUAUUGUGAAGCUCUGGUUCUUGAUGCUGCCUCGCAGCGAGCCUGGCUUUGCCCGCUCUCCAAUCACCCAGCUACCUUUGCUUGUGUACGCUUGACUUGGGGGAAAAGUACAGCAGAGGGCCAAACAGCUGAUGCUCGCGGUGCGGUGACAUAUGAGGUCCUCCUGGACUCUGAAGCCGCCGAACCUGCCCGUCCCUGUGGCUCACCGCCUUACACGCUUCUGGCGCAAGCAGACGUCGAAGCACCAACCUUUCCAUCCUCCCACUGGUUUCUUACCAAGUUUGUGCCCAAGUUCACCUCUUGGCUGGCAGCCGCCGAUGGCCCGGCCUCUGAGCUCUCGCGCUGGCGCCCAACCCCUGAAACGAUGCUCGUGCCGCCUGCUGAAUACGCUCGCCUGUAUCGCGAGCUUCGCGAUAAAUAUGGGCCCGCCCUAGUCGAGAGCUGGACAGAGUCCACAGAUCCGGAAAAGUUUGUAUACGAGGAUAUUGGCAUUGCAACCUUUCUCAUCUUGCUCUUUCGACGUGUCGCCGAGCUCGAGGCGGAGCAGGGUCAAGCUCCCGCAAACUUUACCUACAAGUUUGUUGAUCUCGGGUGUGGGAACGGGUUGCUCUGUUGGCUUUUGGCUCAAGAAGGCUUUCGAGGUCUGGGCUUGGAUCUGCAACGGCGACGAAUCUGGGAUCGCUUUGAUGCUGAUGUUGAGCUCCUGGAAACGGCCGUCGAUCCCAAAUAUGGUUUGACCUACCCAAGCUGCGAGUGGAUUCUGGGCAAUCACAGCGACGAGCUCACACCCUGGAUCCCCCUCGUUGCGGCAAGCAGCACACCACAGGCAUGCAGCUCCCAGGUGCUGAAAGAGCGUUUCUUGUUUGUCAAUGAUGAUGAUACACAUGUCGUGUGGGCUUCUAGAUGGGCUGGCAGCGAACGGCAGAAGACUGUCGACAAGCAGUGA